CUCAUGAACCAAGGCAUCUUGGCCCUUGUCAGCUCCAUUGGCUGUACUUCAGCAGGAUCACUCCAAUCUUUGGCAGAUGCCAUGCACAUUCCUCACCUCUUCAUUCAGCGUUCAACAGCUGGGACCCCAAGGAGCGGUUGUGGACUCACCCGGAGCACCAGAAAUGAUGACUAUACGCUGUCUAUCCGUCCACCUGUCUAUCUUAAUGAUGUUAUUUUGAGAGUAGUCACAGAAUAUGCCUGGCAGAAAUUCAUUAUUUUCUAUGAUAAUGAUUAUGAUAUCCGUGGAAUACAAGAGUUUUUGGACAAAGGGUCUCAACAGGGGAUGGAUGUGGCACUGCAGAAAGUAGAAAACAACAUCAAUAGAAUGAUUACCACUCUCUUUGAUACAAUGAGAAUAGAAGAAUUAAACCGCUACCGGGACACCCUUAGACGAGCCAUUCUGGUGAUGAAUCCUUCUACAGCCAAAUCCUUCAUUACAGAGGAAAUAAAUGAUGCUGAUGUACAGGAACUAGUGAGAAGGUCAAUUGGAAGGUUAACAAUUAUUCGACAGACAUUUCCAGUCCCUCAGAAUAUUAGUCAGAGAUGUUUCCGUGGCAACCAUCGGAUAUCUUCAACAUUGUGUGAUCCCAAAGACCCAUUCUCCCAGAAUAUGGAGAUCUCAAACCUUUACAUAUAUGAUACGGUUCUUCUACUUGCCAAUGCUUUUCACAAGAAGUUAGAAGACCGGAAGUGGCAUAGCAUGGCAAGCUUGACAUGUAUCAGGAAGAACUCUAAACCUUGGCAAGGAGGGCGGUCCAUGCUGGAUACCAUCAAAAAGGGAGGAGUAAGUGGAUUGACUGGUGAUUUAGAAUUUGGAGAAAAUGGAGUCAAUCCCAAUGUACAUUUUGAAAUUCUUGGAACCAACUAUGGAGAAGAUCUUGGCAGAGGUGUCCGUAAGAUGAGACUUCCAUCAAUGUUCAUAAGCAGUUGUUUCUUCAAAAUGCAGAGACGUAAAAUAUAG